AUGGCCGUCCAGUGGACAUUCUACUAUUAUGCGCCGUCCAGCGCUGCUGCAGGCAUUUUCGCCGGCCUCUUCGGUUUAAGCAGCAUUUUCCAUUUCUAUCAACUCAUUCGAACACGAACAUGGUUCAUGAUUCCAUUUCUCAUCGGUGGACUUCUUGAAACAGUCGGAUAUAUCGGUCGUCUCUUAUCAUCCCUCGAAACACCCAACUACACGCAAGGCCCAUACGUGAUGCAAAGUGCCCUCAUUCUCAUCGCCCCCGCAUUCCUGGCUGCGAGUAUCUACAUGACCCUGGGUCGGAUCAUCGAGAUGUUAGACGCAGAGCGAAGCUCAGUGAUCAAGCUGAAAUGGUUGACAAAAAUCUUCGUUGCGGGUGACGUUUUGUCUUUUCUGAUGCAAGCUUCUGGAGCCGGAAUCAUGGUCAAAGAUAUGACAAACCCUUCCAUGGGUGAGAACAUCAUUAUCGGCGGUCUCUUCGUACAGAUCGUUUUCUUCGGCUUUUUCGCUAUCAGCGCUGUCAUCUUCCAAGUUCGUCUUUCGAAAGCACCUACCGCGCGAUCCAUUGAAUUGAGUUCUCUCUGGCACCGUCAUAUGAUUGCGCUGUAUGUUGCCAGUAUUCUCAUUCUGAUUCGGUCGGUUAUUCGCGUGGUGGAAUAUAUCCAGGGUUAUGAUGGGUACCUGAUGAAGACUGAGGCGUUUAUCUAUGUGUUUGAUGCUCUUCUUAUGUUUGUUACGAUGCUGGUCCUCCAAUAUGCUCAUCCCAGUGAGGUCAAUUGCUUGUUGGGCCGUGGUGACCGGUAUUCCGAGAAGAUCUACAAAACGCGGAAGUUUGAGGCUGGGUCGCCAUUGGAGACAAGCCGUGUGGAGGCGUGA